AUGAUUCGGGAAGCCAUAACAAAUACGGUGGCCGGGCAAUCGCUGUCGAUGGACGAAGCGGUGGCCGUGAUGCGCGAAGUGAUGGAAGGGGAAGCGACGCCGGCGCAGCUGGGGUCGUAUUUGACCGCGUUGUCGCUCAAAGGCGAAACGCCGGAAGAGAUCGCCGGCUUUGCCACCGUGAUGCGGGAGAAGUCGUUGCGGGUUAACAUCGUCGGCCCGGCUGUGGAUACCUGCGGCACCGGCGGAGAUUUCAAGGGAACGUUCAACAUCUCGACCGCGGCGGCGUUUGUGGUUGCCGGCGCCGGCCUGACGGUGGCCAAGCACGGUGGUCGGGCAGCGUCAGGGGCGUGCGGCAGUGCGGAUGUCCUGGAAGCCCUUGGGGUGUGCAUCGAAUUGCCGCCCGAGGCGGUGGAGAGGUGCCUGAACGAAAUCGGCAUCGGGUUCAUGUUCGCGCCGGCGUUUCACCCCGCGAUGCGAUAUGCGGGGCCGGUGCGCCGGGAAAUCGGUAUCCGGACCGUAUUCAACGUCCUGGGGCCGAUGACGAAUCCCGCCGGCGUAUCGUCGCAAUUGAUCGGAGUCGGCUACCCGGAGGUGGCCGGCAAGAUGGCCGAAGUGCUGCGGCUGUUGGGAGCCCACCACGCCAUUAUCGUCCACAGCGACGACGGCAUGGACGAGCUGUCGCUGGGUAGCGAUACCACCGGCUGGGAAGUAUUGGAUGGCGAGUUGAGACCGUACCUCGUGCAGCCGCGCCAGUUGGGAUUGCCCCAUGCCACCCCGGAUGAUUUGCAGGGAGGCGACCCGGAUCAGAACGCCGCAACCAUGCGUCGUUUGCUGGCCGGUGAGGGUGGCCCCAUCUGCGAUGCUGUUGUCCUGAACGCCGGCGCCGCUCUGGUGGCCGGCGAUGGAGCAGCGUCGCUGGCGGAAGGUAUCCAAAUGGCGGCGGCGUCAAUUGCCGAUGGCAGAGCAGCGCAAAAGCUCGAAGCGCUGAUCGAGAUGACCCAACGCCUCGCCGAAUAG